CGUGAGAAGUUGAUUUGUAGUUUGAACACGUGGCUCAUUCAAAAAGCCGGAAUAUUCAAGGGAUUUUCUCUCUCCUCCCACUCUGGGUCUUUUUCCCUCCCUCUUUGGAAAAGGCGGUGCCUACAUUCACGUAUUGUAACAUUUUCAUACUCCGCCUGCUGCUGCCAAAGGGGCUUGGGGGCAAGACAAAAAAAGUAGUUUUUCUCCCCCCAUCUCUCCUUCCUUUCCUAUCUUUUUUUUUUAAUCGCCAUCCUACUUCUAAAAACGUCGUGAUUUCCACUAUCGCUUCGGAUAACGUCGCGAACGUUCAGUAUUCCGAUUUGGUUACGGGCUUUUUUUUUUUUAAACUGGCGUGUGUGAGUGAGUGAGAGAGGGGUGGGUGGGGGACGGACGGAUACAAGCUGCAGUUGUGAUUCUUUUUUUAACCCCCCCUCGUAUUUUUAUUUUACUCCCUGGAUCAUUUUGCGGGGGUGUUUAGAUAUUUUUCUUAUUACUAGAAGACGGCGUGUGCGUGGUAUUUUUAAAAUAUUAUUAUUACUAAGCAGAGCUCUAUUUUUAAUUGAACAAGAAGAUGAAUAAGCUGUACAUCGGAAACUUGGCCGAAAACGUGAGCCCUCUGGACCUAGAAAGUCUCUUUAAAGAGUCCAAGAUCCCUUUCACCGGCCAGUUUCUCGUGAAGACGGGAUACGCGUUCGUGGACUGCCCCGAUGAAAACUGGGCUAUGAAGGCCAUCGAGGCACUUUCAGGUAAAGUUGAACUGCAUGGUAAACUCAUAGAAGUUGAGCAUUCAGUUCCCAAAAGACAAAGGAGUCGGAAACUUCAAAUCAGAAACAUCCCGCCACACUUGCAGUGGGAGGCCAAAGAUCCAUCUCAUCCAGCAUUUUCUUCUCGCUCACCAAAUGGAUGCCUGGGGGAAGACCUGAAGCAGGACAUGAGCACAGAAGCACUCUCCUCUCUUGUGCUCCCAGCAGCUGGUCUUCAGAAGCAUAAGGCCUCCAAUACUGUGCUAGAUGGUUUACUAGCACAGUAUGGAACAGUGGAAAACUGUGAGCAAGUGAAUACUGACACAGAGACUGCAGUAGUAAAUGUAACAUACACCAAUAAGGACCAGGCCAGACAAGCAAUAGAAAAACUGAACGGAUUCCAGCUUGAAAACUACUCAUUAAAAGUUGCAUAUAUUCCUGAUGAAAUGGCAGCACAACCACCUCCUCAGCAGCAUCCGCAGGGAAGACGUGGAUUUGGGCAGAGGGGUCCUCCCAGGCAAGGUUCUCCUGGUGCAGCUACGAGGCAGAAACCACAGGCUGAUGUUCCACUACGGAUGCUGGUUCCUACCCAGUUUGUAGGAGCCAUCAUUGGAAAAGAAGGAGCCACCAUCAGAAACAUCACAAAACAGACACAGUCAAAAAUUGAUAUCCAUCGUAAAGAAAAUGCAGGUGCUGCUGAAAAACCAAUUACGAUCCAUUCUACUCCAGAGGGGUGCUCAACUGCUUGUAAAAUUAUCAUGGAGAUAAUGCAGAAGGAAGCACAAGAUACUAAAUUUACAGAAGAAAUUCCUUUGAAGAUACUAGCGCAUAACAAUUUUGUUGGCCGACUCAUUGGCAAAGAAGGACGGAAUUUGAAGAAAAUCGAGCAGGACACAGACACUAAAAUCACAAUAUCUCCAUUACAGGACUUGACGCUCUAUAAUCCAGAACGGACCAUUACAGUUAAAGGCAGCAUUGAAACAUGUGCCAAGGCUGAGGAAGAAAUAAUGAAGAAAAUCAGGGAGUCGUAUGAAAAUGAUAUAGCUGCUAUGAAUCUUCAAGCACAUUUAAUUCCAGGAUUAAAUCUGAAUGCCUUGGGUCUUUUCCCACCUUCUUCUUCAGGAAUGCCACCUCCCACAGUGGGUGUUGCCUCAGCUGCUGCUGCCUCUUCAUAUCCUCCAUUUGGGCAACAGCCAGAGUCUGAGACUGUUCAUCUGUUCAUCCCAGCCUUGGCAGUGGGCGCCAUUAUUGGCAAGCAGGGGCAACACAUCAAACAACUUUCUCGUUUUGCAGGUGCAUCUAUUAAGAUUGCACCUGCUGAAGGACCAGAUGCAAAGCUGAGAAUGGUGAUAAUCACUGGACCACCAGAGGCUCAGUUCAAGGCUCAAGGAAGAAUCUAUGGGAAACUUAAGGAAGAAAAUUUCUUUGGACCUAAAGAAGAAGUGAAACUUGAAGCUCAUAUAAAAGUGCCAUCCUAUGCUGCUGGUAGAGUUAUUGGAAAAGGAGGCAAAACGGUAAAUGAGCUUCAGAAUUUGACAAGUGCGGAAGUUGUUGUUCCUCGAGACCAGACACCAGAUGAGAAUGAUCAGGUGGUUGUGAAAAUUACUGGCCAUUUCUAUGCAUGCCAGCUUGCCCAGCGGAAAAUUCAGGAAAUACUGGCUCAGGUAAGAAGGCAGCAGCAGCAGCAGAAGACAGCGCAAAGUGGACAACCUCAGCAGAGACGAAAGUAAAGGUUUAGGAAAAGACCCUUCGGAGACAGAUGCCAGACCAAAGAGAGAGACUGUAAUAGACAGGUUCUGGGCACCUGUUGGAAUGAUAUGCAGAAGUUUUACUAAGCCAGUCACUUAUUUGAGGACCAGGCCGCAGUUGGCAUACUGUCUCUGAGAAUGUAUUCUCUAGGCUCUCUUACUUUUGAAACCCAGCUUUAAACUAAGGACCCCUUCACUUCCCUUUUGUUCUAUUCUCACAGUUUAACAUAAAUUUGUUAGUCUUCUUUUAUUGUUCUUACUAUUCCCCAACAAUUUUAGAACUUGGUUUAAUGAAGCUUUCUCUUUUGAGUUCACUGGUUUAAAAAGAAAAGGCAUUGCUCUUCCAGGUCCACUUGUAAAAGACGAAAAGAUAGCUUAAGGGUGGGAUUUUGGGAGGGGGGUUGGGGUUUCGAACAAGGGCAUUGACAAAGAGGUUAAGUGUUACUCCCAAUGUUAACCAAGUGGCAUGUCUUCUUAAACAUUUGGUUGCAUUUUUACAUAACACUGCCAUGUAUAAACUAAGGGAAGUGUUCAAUGGUGUUGGCCAGGGCAUGAAAAGAUAAAUAUGCAUUUUACUAAACUACCUCAGGCAUUUAAUACCUCAAAUAAGAAAUUGUUCCUUUUUUGCUUCUUUUUUUUUCUUUUUCUUUUUGGUAUUUUGUGUACUUUAUAAAGCUAAUAGUUCUUGAGCAUUUUAUUUUUUUAAAAAAAGUAAAAUUUGAUCAGCCAGCAGCCAGGAGCACUACAGAGUUUAUUGGGGGAGGGGGGAUAUAGUAGAUUGCUUCUAACUGCUGGCUGACAGGAGUAAGAUGGAAAAAUAUAGUCUUGGAUUAUAUCUGAGGGUGUCAACACAAUCAUUUGUUUGGGGAGGCGAGAAUCAGUGUUCGAACAAUACCUAAACAAAUGCCAACAUUCUGAUAGCAGCAAUGCCAUUAUAUUUCUUUUAGGAUGGGAUGAAAAAGUUUGUGAUGGUACUUUGUUGGGAACAGAACAAGGAAGUGAUGGCAAGAGGCUGGGACUUGGGGGUAAAUUUUAGUAAGUCUUUUGGAGACUGGACAUUUUUUUCUUGUACUUGAUUGAAUGCAUGAACCCUUUGUGCCUUUGACCAUCACUACCUACCUACUAAUGCUAUGCUUAAACAUUUGCAGCCCAUUUGUACUUUGCCAUUCUGUUUCAAAGAGCAAGCUUCAUCUUCAGUUUGGUAGGAUGCUUGAUAUGCUAGAGCAGUUUGGAGGCGUGGGUUCUCUGGUCUCCAGCAGAUUGCUUCAUACUGUUUUCAGUUACCAUAAUAUUGGGGGGGGGGAGGGAUCAAACAGUGUUUGAUCACAUUUAAAGGUAAUGAAAGGCUAAGUUUACAUAUCCAGCCGCUACUAAGGGCCACACUAAGCCACUUGGAAGGUUUUUUUAAAUUAAAAAAAAUGAAAUACAACCUCAAGCUUGGCUUACAAAAUAAGAUACAGCAGGAUUUAUGCACAUUCUGCAACUGAUCACAAAAAGGAGGAAGAAAACAUAAAAAGGCAGGGAUCACAGGAAAUUUACCAAAUUUAUUUUUUUAAUUUCAGAAUGUAAUUUGAAUCAUGAUUGUGGUAAUAUGCAUUCAAGUUUCUACAAUAAACUUCAGUCUACCUCAGUUUUAACAAGUAUGUGGCAACACAUGGUGCAUAAAGACUGCUGUGUGUGUAUGAUCCUGCCCGUGUACACGAGCCAUGCUAUUACCUCGGACCCUUUUGUUUGUGAUGUUUCUGUGCAUGGGAAGAUUGGAACUGCUACACUGCACUGAUUUGAGGGGCACAAAUAGCAAAAACAAAAAGUUUGUUUCACCAUUUUGUUGAUCUACCUCUUAGAUUGAUAUUAAAAUAGAGGCAUUUCUUCAUAGAAUAGAUCAUUUUCCCAAAGAUAGCUGUUGUACCGGUUAGAUAACUUUCCAAGAAUGAUCUGUGUUUUUUUACUGCAUCUUUUCUUUACUAAUUGGUUUUAAAACCACAAAUUUAUAUUGUAGUUUAGCAGAAGGAAAAAAUGGAAGUUUCUUUUUCUUUUCUGGACAGUACUUUACCUAAUCUUUAGGAGAUUUUUCUUACAAUGAAUUUACAAUUACUGAAGUACGAGAAGGUCAUAGUGUGGAUUUUUGUUGUCUGAACUCAAUAUCCUUUUCUUAAUAUUGGGGAAAGAUUUAUUUGUUUUCCAUAACAGUUUUAUUUUACAAAAUAAGUACUGCAUUUACAUCUGCUGAUUUAAAUAUUGUAAUUUCUCUUAAAUUUCUAGACUUUAGUAUGGUAAAAUCAUGUCUUUUACUUUCAGUUGAGACUUGGUAAUUGGAGUACUUGGAAAUAGCUAGGAAGUUACUCUGUAUAUGACUUCAGUAUUCACAAAAGUAUUGAUCAUUUCUCCGCUGUAACGUGCCCCCAAUGCAGCUUCACUUGCCAGAUGCCUCUGAAUGGAAUAAAGAGUUUAACUCCUA